GCGACCGAGCGAGCUUGUUGUGUGUACGAGCCUAUAAAUACAUAUUCACGAGCGGAUGUUGAGGCAUUGCCGAGGUCCACGUGGUCGUGGUUCACGGUGGUGGCAACAGUCGGCCUCCGAGCGUCGUCCAAGUGUGCGUACAACGUGAACCGGCGCGUUUCUCGCUUGCGCCCACGAAAAAACCGCCGCGGACAGCGCCGCUGGGACCAAAGGCUCUCCGGUGCUCUAUCGUUCGGCUUGCACCGAGCUCCGUCGAGAUCGUUUCACCUGUUCGUCGACCCAACGAGUCACCGGUUCAUCCGGAUCGUGAUCCUUCGGUUGCUCUCGCGAUCGGCCACCGGAAUCUCCGGCGUUCGUCGAUCGGCCGACGCCAGGAUUCCCUGUGAUCUACGGACGAUAGUUCCGACGCUGGUGUUCGCGGUUCAGUGAUCGAGGUUCCGCGAGUUACGGACACGUCGGACCCAGAUGAGGACCCAGUGAUACCGCGGCCGGUUUUUCGUUCGCCGGACAAAGCUGACCGAUCCCCGGAAUUCGAUUCAGAGACGCAAGUGACCGCGCGGGAUUCGGUGCACUGUGCGCUCGUUGAUCGGAUGGCUCUUGCCAGCGCUCGUCGGGCGACUGAUCGUCGAUCGACGGAUGUUUAUGUAAUUUUCAUUGUUCCUGCCGGAGAAGCAAAGGUCGCCGUUGCGUAAGGAGUCGGCUUUCAGAGUUUUCACAGGUUCAAAUUAAUCCGAGCAAAAUGAGGGUCGAUCAGAUCGGGCUGCUGCUAUGGAAGAACUACAUCGUCCGGAAACGUCAGCCGGGGAUAUUGGCCCUGGUGUUCGUAUGGCCUGUGAUCGUGUUCAUGAUCCUCUACACGAUCCGCGACAACAUGGACCCGAAGUACCAUCCGACUUGCCAAUUUCCUGCGAGGUCGAUGCCGGGGGAUGGCCUGCUCCCAUUCGUCCAGAGUUUCAUCUGCAGCCUCGGGAAUCCCUGCGAUCCCCUUCCGGAAUACGAAGAAGUCCCUUCUUACAGGAACGCCACCCUAGGUCCACUGGUGGGCGAGUUCCAGCGGAUGUUCGACAACCGGACGAUCCUCUCCGCGGUGAAGACCCUGCCGAACAGUAUUCAGCUGCUGAAGUCAAUGGCGCAGAUACUCACGAAGCCGGAAAACAAGGCACUCUUCGAUCGCGGCAUUCGAUUGGGUGAUCUCUUCAGCAACCACGAGCAGCUCAAGAGGAUCCUCCGCGAGCAGAUGCCGAACGCGCGCGACGGUCUGAUCGACGAGUUGUUCGAGUCCUCCAUCAAACUGUUAUACCUGAUCGAUACGUUCGGUUCGUCGAACAUCGACGGGGUGAUUUGCUCGCCGGAUAGCUUGAAGAUGUAUCUGAUCCUGCCGAACGAGGAGAACUAUGCCCAGGUCUCGAAGAUGCUUUGCGGGAUCGACUCGGACACGAUACCGGACAUCCUCGGAAGUUUGUCCAAACAUCUGGACUUCUCCGGUCUGUUGGAGAUGGUGGACCGAGUAAUGGCCAAGUUUCGGGACUACGAUUUCUUCCUGGAUAUGAAACGGACAGCGGAAACGAUCCUCGACCUGCAGACUUCGAAGAAGUUCAUCCCCGAGUACCUAAGGAUCCAGCAGUGGAUGCCGAAGAUGAUCAUGGCGCUUAAGAACGUUACGUUCAGGGAGAUAGAUCUCACGUUCGUGAAUAAGACGUUAGAAAUCCUGAAUCCCGUCUUCUCGUCCGAGGACGACUGGCCCAUCGCCCGCGAGGCGUUCCUGAGACUGCAGAAACUACUGGAGCUAAUAAAAGAGAUGAUAGGAGAUCAACCGAGGAGUUUCUCAUGGGAUUUCUUCACUGUGAUACAACGCAUUAAGAGCGCGAUGCGAUCUAUGUCCUUCUCCGUAGAGAACGCGAAGAAACUGACGCGAAUUUUGGACGCCAGCAUCGUCGUUUUACAGAGCGGAACGAAACUGGCCAUGAAAAUACUGGAUCGCCACAAGAACGACCUCAAUCUGGACCCCGAAAUCGAGGAUGGUCUGAAGCGAUUCUUUUCCCGGAACAUCGCGAACCCGCUGGGUUUCGCGAUCGCGUACGCGAACAUCAUAGUCAGAACAGUCCAGCACGCGGCCAUUAUUCACGGAGAUCUAGAACACAGGCUCUACAAUAUCUCCCUGAACAACAAGGACACCGUGCAACAAUUACUCACGGACGUGGAUCCUAGUACUUAUCGAACAUUCGUGCAGGCGUUCUCGAGAUUAGACUUACUGGAGGAAUUCAUGCAGAAAUCCAACGUCGAGGAUCACUUCUGCGAGAAGGAGACGCUGAAGAAAGUGUUCGAUUCCAAGGAUGUUCAGCGCAUCGGCGAGAUACUUUGCAGCGGAGCUGGGAAAAAGUUCAUCGGCGAGGCGUACAGAAGCAUCGAGCUCGAGAAAUUCGCGAAAAAUGUGGAGGACAUCGCGAUAACAACGUUACUCUUGAUAUUCGGGGGACAAGCCGACAUGGAGAAAUUUAAUCUGACCGGAUUGCUAAGCAGUGUGAACGAUUUCAUGUCGUUCAUGAACUCGUCGAGCAGGCCGGAUCCGGAUUGGUCGGUCUUCGGGUACGACCAACGGUGGAAGGAUGCGUUCAGGCACACCGAAUCUCAAGGCAGACUGAACGUUCUCGAGCUUCACCUGGUGAUAACAGCGAAGGAGAUCAAAAUCCAGUACCCCACGCUGAAGCCCCACCUGAAAUCCAUUGAUUUGCUGCUGAAGGCUAUCCUGGAGGAUCUGAACAGGAGCCCGAACGGUUGGGUGGAGGAAGUCAAGCGACACAAGGCAGAGCUGAUCGAGACCUUCUACUUGACCGCGGCGGACAGGUCUAAGGUUUUGAAAAUUUUAGAGUACGACAACUUCACCGCGACUUACUGCGUGUACCCGAUUUCGUUGACGUUAGUAAAUUUUCCGAGCGGCUCGAACGCGACCGCGCUGAAAACGCUCAUCUGCCGUCUAUCGAGCCUCGUCGAGAGCUACCUGGACUUGAACGUGACCGCGAUCAAGCUAGGGCUUUCGCCGAAGGACGCGGAGUUCAACUGGCACCAGUUCGACGCGAGAGCGGUCGAGUUCUACCGGCACGUCGACGCGUUGAUUCAUCAGAAGGAUCUAUCGAACCGCUCGAACUACCUGCAGAAACUGAAGAGAGACUUCCGGAACUCGUGGACCAACGAUCUAUCCGUCAGAGAUGGCUUCGAGAUCAGCGUAGGUCUGACCUCCAAGCUGUUCACCCUGUUGGAGAGUCCUCUGUUCAACGUCAAAGAGAGCAGCGGCUGGAAGAACAUCUCCUCGAUCGGCUGGACGUCCAUGAUGAUCGUCGAUAUGGUCCAGGCCGUCCUCUUGAAAGUUUCCACUGCGAAUCAACAGCCCAAAGAGAAUCAACCUAACUUGUUGCUGCCCGAGACGACGAGUUUGCUCAGCGUCAUCCUCUUUAACAUGCGCGAUCUGAUCCUCGACGCGAUCGAUAUUAUCAUAAUAAAACCGAUUAACCUUAUAGAUAUCCUGCAGUAUUACAAGACCCAGGAGAAGCAAUGGCCCUGCGUGCACACGCAGAGCGUGGGUGCCGUUUUGGAGCUGCGCAAGGGCAGCCGCGCCGUGAUCGAGAAGAUCGAGAAGCUCGGCUGCAAGCCGGACACGCUUUACCAGGAAUGGAAGAGCCAUCCUUACUUCUACACGGAGAAACCGGUCAAACGGCCGCCGUUCGAUUGGGUCCACCUGUACUCGAUGAUCCGAAGAAUGUCAGGGAACUUCGAGAACUGGCUGAUGGCCACGGAAAAGAGUCUGUCGGACUCGCUGGGCGGACCGACGCAGGGCAAGCCGGAUGUCCUCGGCGGCUUUUCGACGCUGAAGAGCAUAUUCGACGAGCGCUGGGAGAAAACCGAUGACGACAUGGGAUACGUUCUGAUCACGAUCGACGAGAAGCUCGAUGAAGUUGUGCCAGCGUUUCGAAGUGAGCUCAAGGCCAGCAACGUCUGGAGUCCGGAUGUUUCCAAUAGUGAUCGAAUGUUGGUUACGUUGAAGUUCCUUUCUAAUGUCGUUCACAACUCAGUGAAGAUAGUGUCCGAUAUUCUACGCAAUGAUUUGCAGACGAGCGAUCAGUUCGUCGUUCUGGAUUGGCUGUCGCUGCUGGGCUUCAACGGUCUGAGUCCCAUCAGAAUCUAUUACAAGCGGUUACCGUACAUUCUGGCGACUCUGGUGAACGGGCUGGCCGACCCCGACACGGAGCGACGUGUCUCCGAAUCGCUUCUAAAUAAAACCAGCGUCUCCUGCGCGCGGCUGUUCUCAUGGUGGUCGACCUCCGUCACUGGUCUCACGGCGGACGAGUACAGAAUCCUGAAGAACUUCACGUGCGACCUCGACCCCGACCAUUUCAACGACUACACGAACUUCUACCUGGACGUGUCGUCGCAUUGGAGGGCGCCGGCGAAGAGUUACCGAUCGUACAUGACCACGGUGAUCGGCGAUGUUUACGAUCUCGCGAACACCAUCGGGAGCAUCGUGCACACGGACGUGAAGAUCGACGCCCCGUUCUCGAGGGCUUAUCUGUUGAACCUUCUUCAGGAGCUGCGCUCUAGUUUGGAGGGUUACAACGAAACUGACGCCGACCGCCCGGCGUCGGAACCGUACGAAUGGUCCGAGUACAGGCUGAUCGUCGAGGGUUUGUCCGAGGUUCUGCUUCACGUCGCGGAGAAUUUGAAGGAUGUCAAGGUGCAGGACGAUCGUAUCGAUAUCUGGGACUUCGUCGGGAGCGGCGACGCGCGACAGUUGUUGAAGAUCCUUGAGGCUCAUCCUGAGGAGACGAUCGGUUUAAUGGCUCAAGUGAUCGCGAUCAGCGCGAGGACAGAUACAUUCUCGUACGAGAACGUGAGGAAAUUGAUCUGCAACGCGCGUGACCCGCUCACCUAUUGGUCCACCGCGAAUAGGAGUCGGUUCAUCCAAGAAGUAUGCUCGUUCGAUCCUUACCAGUUGCUAAGGUCUGUUACCAGCGAGGAAUACUACAUAGCGUUGACCAACCGAAAAUCCAACGCGCCGACAAUCACUCCUCUGAGCGCGUCGCUCGUUAAACUGAUAGACGUCGUACUGAAUCUCACGUCCGAGGUACCGGAUCUGACAGUAAAAUCGAACGUCCUCGAUCCGACGACGUGGGUGGGUCUCUCGAACGACACCCUCGCGGAGAUUCGCGAGAUCGGACGGUCCUGGCCGCGUCGGCACGCAACGGACGCCAAGAACGCCGGACCGGGACAAUCGGGAUUGGAGAAGAUGUUCGGCGCACCGGACGCCUUCGACAAGUUUGUCCGUGUCUACCAGCUUCUGGACGCCACGGUCGAUUUGAUGACCGGCGGGGACGUCUGGCAGAAGCUGCGGAACAUUUACGAGCACUCGAAAAUGAAGACCGUCCUCAGCCUGAUAGAGGACACGCCGAACAUCGUGCUCAGCGUCGUCGACACCCUCCUCUUCGACGCGUCCGGCAAGCUCUACCGUUUCCUCGAGCUAAUCGAGCUGGGCAAGGCGCACCCCUGCGACGUCGACCAAUAUUUAACUAUACCCGACUUCGCGAGGAAGAAGGUCCGGCUGUCCAGCAUCGCGAACUUCUGCGAGAACUUCGUCCGCACCGAUUCGCCGCCGUCGCUGCCUUUCAUCUCGAGUAACGAGGAGAACCGACUGUCCCGCAACAUCUCGAGAGACUUCAACGAGACUUACCUUCUGGAAAAGAUGGACCACGCUCUGUGGACGGUGGUUCACGCGGCGUCGGGCGGCUUCAAGGAACCGAAAGUCCCGGCAUGGUGGAUAUCCUUUAUGGAGGGCACCUUCAAAGAUUUCCUGGCCAAAUAUAGAAAAGAGGACCCAAGGAAACUCGCUCACUUGACGGUAACGAAAUUAAUGAGGAUCGUCGGACGCCAUCUUGAAAAGGAAGACUGCACUCCGCUCAAUAUUCUGAAUUCUCAGCUGACGAACCAUCAGCUCUACUCGGAACUCCCCUGCCAGCUGAGUCGAAUGAACAUAUCGGCAAUUCGCGACGUACUGAUCCGUGAUUUUCGAUGGAACGAGACCGUCAAGAUGAUCAACGUGCAGUCACAGUUCCGCGACAAAAGCCUGCGUCAAUGUACACCCGGGGUGGAGAACACGUUGCAUCACGUGGUGGACAUCAUCGUCGAUUACCAAAAUGAAACCUACAGCAACACCGCCAAGCAGUGUUACCGGAAUUUCUUUGGCCAGCCGCCAUUUUCCAGGCCGAGGCCAUACAUUUUAGCGGCGCUCGGGAUUCUGGACUCUCUGCGCAGCAACGUCUUCGUCCUGGACACGGCCAGGUACCACAAGAACCUCAAUUGGCUGAGCAAGAUGUCGGAGAAGUACGUUCAAGUUUGGAAGCCGCUGAGUGACGUGGUGCAGCCUGCCGAGGCGAAGAACACGGAGGCGUUCUUGCCCGGCGCCAUGAUCAACGUGAACGCCAUCUUGGACGACAGGAACAGCUCUCUGUGCUGGACCAAUGAGGAAUGCCGCAACGCGACGCUCCUCUACGAGCGUCUCAGAUCGAAGAAGGCUGGCAAGCUGCUUCGAUACGACGCAAAGAUGGCCGGGUAUCCCCCGUUGCAGCGCGUCGCUGAUCGACUUUCGCAGAGCCUCGAUCUGAAGCUCAUAAGUCGCAGUCUGAAGAGCUGGAGGAUGGAAGCUGCGAUGGACAUGACGUGGCUUAGGCAGAUCCUCGAUCACCUGAUCGUCGUUACCACCGAAGGCGGCGAUCUGCUGGAUCUAGCCAGUAUGGUCGACUUCGACGACGUCUCUAAUAUUCUAGGUGCUCCGGAAGUGGUCAAUGGCGUAGUCAACAUACUGAGGGAGAAGACUGUGGACAAGCUUUUUGACGGGAUGAAAGAAAUAGCGGAGGACGUUCAGCCGUUCAUCGAGGACCAAGGAAUCGUGAACGACAUACACAGGAUGAUCGCAGCUCUGGAGACGAUGGAAAUCUUCAAGAACUUGGGCCUGCUUAACAUAAAAUACCUUGUCAGAGACAUGUUCGACAACUGGGACACGGUGAGUUCGUACCUGGUGGAGAAGAUCGGGAUCUCGAACGACGUCGCGUCGACGCUGAGCCAGGCGAGGAUCGACAUGAUCUCCGUGUUCAUGAAAGAGAAAAGAGCUUUCAGCUUGAAGGACACCGUUUGUUCGCCGACGAAACUGAACGAGAUGCUGCGCUUCAACGGGCAGAUCACGGCGGAGGAGGUCAGCGACGCCAUUUGCCAGCUCGAAGACGCGCGCACGCGGAGCAUGAUGAUAGCGAUGAUCAAAAACUUGAAUUUCGAUUACAUCUUCAAAACGUUGAUGAGCGCUAACGUGAAGGUCAUACUGGCCAACGCGAACUUGACGGAAGCAGAGAGCAAGGCGGUGGUGGAUAAUAUCGGCGUGAUAGCGGAGCUGAUGCCUUUCUUCAAAGAGAGAUUUUCAUCUAACAUCCCAUCGGCGGAGCCCCAGAAAUCGAACACUGAGACGGAGGACGCGAAUUAUUCGAUGUCCACUUCGAAGUUCCUGGAAGAUGCCAGCAAAAUGUUGUGCGGCGAGGCGUUGGUGUCGGACAAUGGCGACUUGUACAAGAUCAUCUCGAAGAUCGAGGACAACAGCAAAGAAUACGACAGGGCGGAGCUCGAUUCGUUGCCGACUGACUUUUGCAGAGACACUUAUAAGAGUUUCGUCGCUAUGGGAGGCGGGAAGAUAAUAUGGUCCUACGUGAAGCCGCUGUUGCGCGGGCAAAUCCUCUACGCGCCCAAUACAACAACAAUAAACGGAGUCAUGAAGCUAGCCAACAAGACCUUCGCGGAGAUGGAAAAUUUCGGGAUGCUGAUGGACAGUUUCCAGAAGUCUCUUAACCUUCUGGUGAACCUCACCACGAUGAGCGACAGUCUGAACGUCUUCCAGGACAUGUCCUCGGACGUCAUGAAAAUCGCGAUCAAGUCGUUCGGCGGUGGGAAUUUCGACGGCGAUUUAUCGGAGAUGAAUUUCACCGAAAUCUCGUGGCAACUGAAGAAAUCGAAGCAUCUGAUCACGAUGGUCGGCAUGCUGAACGAUUUAUUGGAGUGCGUGCUGGUGAACCGAGUGCGAGGAUUCCGCGACGAAGAGGAAAUGGAAGCGGAGGCGCGACUGUUGAUGGAGACUCGGGAGUUUUUGGCCGGCGUUGUCUUCCUGGAGAACAAGUCCGAGAGAUCCAGGAGAUCCUUGGAUCAACAGCUGCCGCGUAACGUGGUGUACAAGAUUCGAAUGGACGUCGACUACGUGCAGUCCACGAAAAGGUUGAAGAAUCAAUUCUGGAUCCCUGGGCCGGAGAGCAGCUUCAUUGAGCAUUUGCGGUACCUCAGAGGGUUCGUGCAACUCCAGGACUCCAUCGACCGCGCCAUUAUCGCGGCGAAGAGCGGCAGGAGCCAGGAUUGGAAAACAGUAACGCAACAGAUGCCUUAUCCUUGCUGGAAGGAUGUACCGUUCCAAACUACUCUGUACGAGUCCCAAGGGAUCCAAGUCUGUUUCUUCUUCGCAUUGAUGAUGUGCGUGGGUGCGGCUGUCAGGCACAUCGUUUGGGAGAGGGAAUCGCAAAAUGCAAUGGUAAUGAGCGUAAUGGGUCUGAAACCCUGGCGCAACACGGUCGCUUGGUUCAUCACCACGUUCAUCGAGCUGCUGAUCGUGAUGUUUUCCAUCGCGCUGAUCCUUUUGGCCGGCAAGAUUCUACCGAAGUCCGAUCCACUUUUAAUUCUGACCCUAAUGAUCGAUUACUCAUUCUCUAUUGUAACGUUCUGUUACAUGAUCUCGACGGUGUGCAGCUCGGCGAGCCUGGCCGCCAUCACCACGGUGGUAAUGUUUUUGCUGACAUUCAUGCCGUACGUCAUUGUCAUUGCUAUGGAGGCCGUAUUAGGUCUCGGGUAUAAGCUUCUCAUCUGUCUCAGUAUGUCGACCAGCUUCUGUUACGGCUGCCUUUACGCAGCCCGGAAGGAAGUUCAAGGUGUCGGCCUAACUUGGUCCAACAUGUGGGAAGAGGGCAGUCCAGGUGACUCGAUGACCCUAGGCCUGAUCCUGCUGAUGAUCGCCUUCGACGGUUGCCUCUACGCUACGAUCGGUUAUCUGAUCGCCAGAUACACGAACUCAGGCAAGGGCUUUCACGAUUUGAGGUCCCGUAGCUUAUGGUGGGCCGACGUGCGUUCUCUCUCUGGCAGGCCGAGCUACCUCGCCUUCGUCAACAACCUCUAUUUCACUAACGACGUUCUCCACCCUUCAGCCACUUACCAAGAUGAGGAGAGCGACGCGAGCAGUUUGGUAGUGAACGAGAAACAAACGGGGGUCAGUUUCAAGGAGGUGAGGAAGGUCUACAACAGCGACCAGGGCGAAGUUGUGGCCGUCGACAACUUCACUUUGAAGCUCUGCGAAGGGGAAGUGACCAGUCUUCUCGGCAGGAACGGCGCUGGGAAGACAACCAUCAUCAAGAUGCUGACGGGGAUGCUGGACCCGACCACCGGCGAGAUUUGUUUGAACGGCGAAGAGGACUGCAAACCCGACAUAGGGGUCUGCCCCCAGGAUAACGUGCUCAUCGGUACUUUGACGCCCAGGGAACACAUGAUCUUCUACGCGAAACUGAAGCGGCCCAAGGAGAGCGUUAAUAUGCAACGGAGCGUGGACGAGAUGCUAACAUCGCUGGAGCUAGGCAAGCAGGAGCACGAGCCGGUGCACCGUCUGUCAGGUGGCACGAAAAGGAGACUCUGCGUGGCGCUGGCCUUCCUGGGCUCCCCGAAGAUGGUGAUCCUGGACGAGCCUGGCGCAGGGGUGGAUCCCGCGGCGAGACGCAGGAUCUGGCGGCUGAUCGAUCAGCACAGGAUCGGCAGGACGGUGAUAUUGUCGACUCAUCACCUGGACGAGGCUGACAUGCUCAGCGAUACGGUGGUGGUGAUGCACAAGGGGAAGAUAUUGUGCACCGGCUCGCCGUUAUCCUUGAAGAUGACGCAUGGCCGCGGAUACAGACUGCUCGUCUCGUUCCCCGGGGAGCAACGGGACUCGGCCACGGACACCGUUCAGAGGAAGAGAAUCGAGAGCCUGAAGAGCGUCAUCGAGGAGGUGAUCCCCAAUGCGGAGACCAGCGAAAUUUCGGGCACCGAGGUCGUCGUCACGCUGCCGUUGCAAGGGAAGAAUGGCGUCAACAAUAUCGCGCAGGCUGCGAAGGUUCUGGAGGACAGUCGGAAGAUUGUGGGCUAUUCCCACUUUUCUCUGGAAUGUGACACGCUGGAGAGAGUUUUCCUGGAUCUUUGUUCCCGCGCGGAGAGUGGAUCGACCGUUAUCAGCGCUAGCCAGGAUAGCAUCGUCACCGUGGAUCACGUCGGUUUAUCGAUGCCGAACGACGAGGUCGAUCUGAUAGGCGGCGAGCCGGCCUUAAAUCCCACUCCCAUUAGACAGGUCAAAGCUUUGCUGAAAAAGAGAAUGUGGCACUUCAGGAAAGAUUGGAUGACGUUCGUCGCCGGCCUCCUCCUGCCGACGACGUUCGUCGCAGUCGCCAUGGGAUUCUCUUUGAUAAGACCUCCAUCCGGUGAUGAACCCGCGCUGCCUCUCACGCCGAAACUGUACGACACUCAUCCGACAUACUUCUACAGCAUCGACAAUGGCGGCGACCCGUUUCUGCAGAACGUGUCCUUUCAGCUGCACGAUCGAUUCGGGGAUGAUUACGCUGGCGCCUGGCAAAUGUUACCGAAUGAUACAGGAACUUGUCAGUGCUUGGAUGGUCACCAAGUUUGCCAGGGAGUGUCGCAGGCUAUCGAAGGUUUGCUGCAGGUUCUGCCUGGUAGGCCGACUCUUGAUUGGAUUGUGUCGACUCAUCAAGAGUACAUCGAGAAAAGAUACGGUGGAUGGUCGUUGUCACACGUCAACGACGAGCCACUCUUCGUCGUUUGGUACAACAACAAGGGUCAUCACGCGUUGCCGUCCUACUUGAGCGCCCUAAACGAGGCGAUUUUACGAGCGUUCGGCGUUCAGGGCCGCUUGACGACCCUAAACCAUCCCUUAAGGUUGUCCAGCGAUCAAUUGAACCGGACCAGCCUGUUGCAGCACGUGGCGGACGUCGGCGUGGCUCUGGUUCUUCUGAUCGCGUUCAAUUUGGUCGCCGCUCAAGGAUCCAAGGAGCUGGUGCGGGAAAGGCUGUCCGAGGAGAAGAGGAUCCUCUUCUUGGCCGGCGUCCAUCCUGUCACCUACUGGACGACUGUAUUAAUCUGGGACUUCUUCGUGUUUGGCCUGUCGAUCGGCUUGGCAGUGAUCGUCUUCGAGAUCUUUGGCCUCUCCGCCUACGUGGCGAGAGACAAUCUCGCUGGUAUCUGCCUGCUGCUGUUCCUUUUCGCCUGGGCAGCACUGCCGUACUCGUACCUGCUCGAGAAAACCUUCAACGACUCGAGUCUCCCGAACAUGGUGCUCUUUUGCACGAACUCGUUCAUCGGCGUGAUUUCUCUGGCCACCAUCUUGGUGCUGGACAUCCUGGGCAAAUCGAAAACCGCGGAGGACAUACGGAACACCCUGCACAACGUCCUCUUGAUAUUCCCGCAGUACGCUUUAGGCGACGCUCUGGUGCAGAUCUCGAGGAACGACAUCACGACGCAGCUACUGGAGAAAUUCCACAUGGACACGUACAAGUCUCCGUUGGGCUGGGAGCUGCUCGGCCGCCAUUACGUUUUCCUCGCGGCGGUCGGCGCCAUCUUGUUCGCGCUGAACCUGACGAUCGAGUGCCGCCUGCUGCCGGCGUGGAAGCGGCAGGGCUCGCCGUUCACGCCCGUCGAAGAGGACGACGACGUUUCGAAGGAGAGGAUGAGGGUCGAAGGUGGCAUGUCCGAGGACGUGCUGCAGACGGUGAAGCUGCGCAAGGAGUACAGCAGCGUCUACGGGACGAACGUGGCCGUGCAGAACCUCAGCUUAGGCGUGCAAGCUGGCAAGUGUUUCGGGCUUUUAGGGACGAACGGGGCGGGCAAGAGCACCACGUUCCGGAUGCUCACGACGGAGAUCAUACCCACGUCCGGCAGGAUCAUCCUGAAGGGUCGAGAGGUCGGCAACGGGCCGCUCUGCAACGGCGACGUCGGUUAUUGCCCUCAGAGCGACAGCCUCGAUGGCUUCCUCAGCCCGCAUCAGUGUCUAACUAUUCACGGCGAAGUUUGCGGACUCGCUAACGUUCCCAAGGCAGUCGAAGCGAUGCUGAAGAGACUGGAUCUCUUGAAAUACGCUCACAAAAGGGUGAGCAGCCUCAGCGGGGGCAAUAAAAGGAAACUGUGCACUGCCUUGAGCGUUAUGGCGCCGGUAUCCGUGGUUCUCAUGGACGAGCCGACCAGCGGCAUGGACCCAGCCACGAAGGAUCUCGUCGCGAAAACGAUAAGACGCAUGACGAAGGACCAGACUUGCGUAAUUCUGACCUCGCACAGCGUGGCGGAGUGCGAGAAUUUGUGCAACCGGGUCGGUAUUCUUGCCAAAGCCGGUCUCAGGUGCAUAGGAACGCCGCAGCACCUUAAACACAAAUUCGGCGAGGGUUACGUGGCGUUCCUACGGUUCCAGCAGCCAGUAUCCGCCGCGGAUCUGAAGAAAGCUCUGGCGAAGUACCUGCCACAAGCUACAGUCUCCUCGAGACAGGCAACUGCGGCUCGUCUCUUGCUGCCGCGCAGCCAGGACAUGCUACUGAGCAUCAGCUUUAACAAGGUGAAGCUGCUCGCUGAGGAACUUAAAGCCACCGACUAUACGCUCAGCCAAAGUUCCCUGGAUCAGGUGCUCGUUAAUUUCUCGGAGGAAAUGGACACAGAGGUGGAAGGCUUGACGUACAGCCGGGAUAGCAGCAACAACGUGUCGAGCACCUACUCCAGCAGGGACACCAUACACAUGGAAACGUUUUGAUUAAUUUCCCACGUUAGUUCGCUCGAUUUUUAUGGGAUUUCCAGUAAUACUUAAUUCAAGCCACACGUAACACGCGGAUCUGACGUCCCUCGGGACGCAGGUCGGCGCGAGCCCUGUGAUAGCUCAGUUUCCUCCGUUUAGUACCAGAUCUCCGUACAAUAAGAGCCUGAAACCACCUAUUACUUAAACAAGAGAAUCAACGCACACCGCCAGAGACGGGCAAAACGAAACAGAGCCGACACAACGAAACGAGAAUAAGAAAACGUUGAAUUUUAGCUCAAUUUUAAAGAAACAGUUUCUCUUAAGGUCGUUACACGAGCAACGCGUUUUAUCCUAUAAUCUUAAGCGAUCAAAGAUACCGUAGUAAGAUCAUGAAACAAAGAACCCAAAAAUGAUGAAGAUACUAGAUACGAUCAUAGAGAGCAUGUAAAUAUAAAUAUAUUUUUAUAGACUAUAGCGAUUAGCAGUGUUAUCCAUUUUACUACAGACUAUCAGUAUCGAAAUAAAACAAAGAUCACAUGAUACACAACAUUCACCCCGCCGAUUUUAAACAAAUAUACACAACUAGGCGUAAGAUCUAUACUUAUAUCACUUAUUAGUACUAUUAACUCUCACUUCGCGAGAUAAUUCCAAGAACGAAGCUCCCUACGAAACGAGCCAGCGCGUCUUUUAUCCGUAGCGUUAAUUGUUAAAGUUAAGUCCUACGUUGCUCACUACCUUCACAAUAAAUUAACUACAAGAAACACCGUACGUAUAGUGCGCUCACCGCGUUUUUACCAAACGUUUGACUUAAUUCAUUCGCAUUCGCACGUCGUCGCGUGAUGUAUCUGUUGCAGCGAACCUGGCACUUUCGUCUGAUUGGCCAGAUCUAAAGGUACACGCCCUUCCUACAUGAAUAUUCAGACAAAGAGUGGGGAGCGCCGUUUCCAGGCUCGCUAUUGGAGUUCUCCGAGCGACUGUCUCCGCCCCUAUGACGUCACGAGUGCCAGGUUCGCUGCAACAGGCCCUCCAUUCACGUUGAAAAUCAAAGAUAUCGUUGCGAGUAAUGGGUUUGAGUCUUCCAACGUUUCAUUAUACACGUUGCACUGGAACAAAAACUGAGGAAGGCUCAAACCCAUCGUUCACAGCGAUCUUCCAUCGUCGAAAGUUUCAACGUGUAUAGACCUUAAGGGCCUCUGCACACGAGCAAUUUUGAAAGAACAAAGACGUGACAGAAAAACUCUGUUCGUCAGUUACUCGAAAACAAGAAAGAAAUGUGUAUAUUUCUCAUGACGAUUGAUCAAUUGCUGAGCUGGUGAUCUAGCAACAAAUCCGUAUAAUGAUGAGAAACAUAUAUAUUUCUUCUCUUUCGAUAGUAUACGUUCUAUAAGAUGAAAUUUGCUCUGUAUACGUGAAACGAACACGAACACGAAAUCGCCAUCGUCACCGCGAGAUCGCGCGGCUCGUGCGCACAGGCCCUAAAUCGUCGUAUCGUUAAUCGAUAAGCCGCACACGGCGCCGCUAGUAUUAUUAUUUAGAAUUUUAAUUAAGGGUCGGUACACAGAAGGCGGGCUGGAUGUCCCGGCUGUAAUUCCGGGAUGCAGCGACUGGUUUCCUGGUUCGACACACAUCGGGUCCCGAUAAGAGCCCCGUUCGCGCGCGAUAAACUCGGAUCGCGUUCGCAGAAAAUGAAGAAACCGGGUCAGCCGUUCGAAAAUUUCCACGUACGCCCGAUAACACGUUACGUUUAUCGGAUACGGCCGCGUGUCGUUUUCCCCGCGCCGGGAAACCGACCGAUGCGAUCGAUUGGUUGUAGGUUUACACCCCCGCCAGGACGCAACACGGUCUUGCCGUGGCUGUUUGUUGACCCUGCUACGGUUCUCGGUUCGGCUGUGUAUUCGAGGUAUUAUUGGAAAGAGCGGAAUAGCAACGUGUUCCUGCGACAACCUCAAAUUCGAAUUAAACAUAUUUUUAAUACGUUCGAUCGCGAACGACUCGAUAUUCAGUCGGAGAACACUCGAACUGAAGGGAAUGUGAUUAUUUUUAUUAUGAGUAGGAAUGUGAUUAUUUUUAUUAUGAAUAGGAAUAUGAUUAUUUUUAUUGUGGAUUGUUUCAUUGAAUUGCGUUGUUGUUAUUGCAAAAGCGAUUGCCACAAGGAAAUUUUAUUAACGGAAUCAGAAGACGACUAAAUUGAAGAUCGGCUCGAAUGAUUCGAACGUAGCAGGGGUAACUGUUAACUACCGAGUGCUUCGAACGAUUAAUAUGUAACAAGUCUAAGAAUUACGAUUAUAAAUUCAUGUUUGUUUGAUGUUGCUCGUAACUUUAAGAAAAUUGAAACCAGUCGGUUCGAUCGAUAGUACUAGUGUUCAGGUUUUCACCGGGAACGUUUAUUUUUGCUACUUAACGCGAGGCGAAAAUUCUGCAGGAAUGUACGAAUUCAGAGUUCCUUAAUAAAGAUGUUUUUUAAACGGUUUCAAUGGCGAUCGUUUGCUUCUCGUAUGAGUGAUCUGUUUAGGGACCAUGGAAUAUUUUACAUGUGCCUGUAAAUUCGAUGGAAGAAUAAUUCAAAGGAUUCGUAUUAUAUUACACGAGUUUUCGGUGAAAUGUGAUUCAUUUUUUAGUGUACACCGUGUAGAUGCGCGGUAGAAGUAGGUAGGAAGAUAGUUAAAGAAAUUUCAGACGCGUGAAGUUAGAAUCCUUGACUUGGACAACUAAGGGAGAUAACGGUUGAUUAUCGUUACAGCAGAUCGUGAUAAUGGAAACAUAGCGAUGUUUGAUUAACCGAUGGUAGAUACGAUCAAUCAGAUAGCGUCAUUGCGAAACUAUUUGUGAAGUAACGAUUGCCCGGCGAAAUAUCUGGUAUCAGUCUUGAUAAAGUUUCCAUUAAGGAAACCGUUAUCCUACAGCGAGGUCUCUAACUAAUUGGAAAACUUUCGAACUUUCAGGUGACGUCGAUGCCUUUUUAAACGGUGUUCACGACAAAUUCUUAACAGAAGAAUUUUCUUUUAAAAUAGACAACUGGUGGAAUUGUAAAAUUCAACGUGCAUCAGAUCGAGGCGUUAAACUUAUCGGUAAAGGAACUUCCGUCGCCACGAUUUUUUCGUUGUAUAUCUACGGAGUUUAUCUGUAUUUACGUCGCUCCGUUAAUUGCUUCCCCUUUAUCCUGUUUUUCAGGCACUUUCUAUUUUUACCUGUUCCCUCGCCCUGUUAUCGUUAUUCCAUAUCUUCUUUUCACUUUUAUACGCCUUAUCGAAUGAUUCUUACGUAAUCAGCGUUUCGAUCUGCGCAAGGAGCACGAGAUUAUUGUUAUUAUCUUGAUAAAGUACGGCAGAUUGGAUUACUCUCUGAUAAAUAAUCGUGGAGAGCUCAUUCUGCAUGACUAAGAGGCCUAAGUAACAACUUGCCAUUUAGAAUCUCUGGUGAAAUAUUUUCUAUUUUUCGAUGUCUUAUUCUGUUCAUAGAAUGUGAAAAUUAUAGAGGAAUUCUUUCGUGCGAAGGACGCGUAAUUUCCGUUUCAAUUAGAAGAAUAUUUUCGUAGUUAGAAGCGCUGCGAACCUAUCGUGAACGUCGAUAUCUACACCUGCAUGAAUUACGUAGUCGAUAUGCCUUCGAUAAGGACUCGCAAUCGCGGCCUAUCUUCAAUGGAGAAUUUCCCUCUGCGCGCGAGUCGAGCUCUCCUAACGGCAUCGACGAACCGCUCGAAUGAUGUAACCCGUUACGAUACGAUUACCACGUCCGUUACACUGGUAUCAAUGGGUUUUUCACGUGCCCUUUCUAAUCUUGCCAGUUAUAAGAUAACCGUGGAUGUAUGAAGCCCUGUACACGCGUCGAAGCACGUUGCGAUGCACAUGUUAACACUAGAAGCAUUUCAUACGAUUAACAUGCAAUUCCUAUAAAAAUUGUAGGAAUAUAUUAUUUUCAGUUUCUUCGGACAUUCAUUAUAGUACUCAAAUGAAGCUAUUUGUUUUCAAAAUCAUUUCGAAUAUCCAAUGCUUCGGAGAUAUCAAUAAUUGCUAAACAAACAAAUCGAAACAUUUUGACUGGCACGUAGUUCUAAUUUCUUUUAAAAUUAUCCAAUGAAUAACAUAUAUAUUCUAUCAAUCCUUUCGAACUUUAUAACAUCACUUUGCUGUAAUUAGUCGAUGCUAUUUUUAUCGUCCACCAUUUUCUAUUCAUCAGCAAUGAAAGCAUCGCGCAGACACACGAAAAUAGAUACAGGGGGAACGUGUUAUCCAGAAGUUUCAAUACAGUUCAUUAAUGUCGUGCCGACUCGAUUAAGUAAAUUGUAAAGGGAUUCGCCGGAAGGGAACCUGUUACAGUUGUCACCGGCAGACAGGAAAAGGGACACGGAAAUAAUAUCCAUCGCAACGGGAAACAGCUGCUGACAGAAUCGUUCCGCCGUCCUGUCUCCCCUCGUUAACUAUGGAAUAAUAAUUUCAUCGAACGAGCCCGGUCUCAUUAUUCUUCCCGCAGCCGCGACCGUCUCCCACCCCCCUCUUUUCUUAUUUAUAACGGCGAUUAUUCGUGGAUUUGUCGACCGCACAUACCGCCGCGCGAUAUUAUUACGGCCGGCUCCUCACGGCCGAUAAAACUCGAAUUAAUGUUACCGAGAGACUUUUCAGCUCCUCCGAGACACGAACACCGGAGUGUCGAAAUCGAUUUGUACGUGUCCUCGUCGCUCCUUCCAUUUGUUCCGCUCUUCUGACUGGAGCUCCUCUUGUUCCUGGGCUGCAUUUAUUUGUAAACAACCAGGAAAGGAAAGUACCUAUGGUCGAUUAACUUUCGAAGAUACUGAAGUUCGAAGUUUCGGCGCAGAAAUAUUUGGAUAUGUGUUACUUGUCUUUGUAAUCUUUACUUUGAAUUUUGGGGGUUUGGAGUUAAUGGCUGGAUAUUUGGAAUUUGGGUUUGAUAACUUGAGAUUUGAAGUUUGAUGUUUGAUAGCUUAAGAUUUGAAAUUUGAAAACUUGGAAGCACAAGUUAUUAAAUUUGAAAAUUUCAGUUUUCCAGAUUCCCAAAUUUCAAAUCUCAAGCUAUCAAACGUCAAAUUUCAAAGCUCUAGUUUUCAAAUAUCGAACGCUAAAUCACAAAUGAUUAGAUUUCAAAUCUUAAAUUUGAAAACAUGGAAUUUAUAAUUUGAAAUUUAAUAACUUGUGAUUUGACGGUCGAUAUUUGAAAACUAGAGCUUUGAAAUUUGACGCUUGAUAACUUAAGAUUUGAAAUUUGAUGUUUGGAAUGUGGAAAGCUGAGAUUUGAAACUUGAAAACUUGAGAUUUGGAAUUUGACGCUUGAGAACUUGAGACUUAAAAUUUGAUAGCUCAAGAUCCAAAAUUUGAAAUUCUGUUGGUCCACUAAACAACCUACACUCAUCCCUCACACUCACCAACUCCCGAAUCGAAAAAAUUGAAAAGACCAGUUUCCAGUGUCUAAAACCUCUAAAACAACCUCCCCUCCCGCUGCUAAAAUUAGCCGCAAAUAUAAAUCCAGUUUUAACCUUUACUAGCCACUUCACGGGUCCCGUCGGCCGGGGAAUUCCAAAUCAAAGCCACAUCUUCCGACUUCUUUCCCUGCCCGAUUCUUUAUUAAUCAGAUAGCCAUUAAGGUCGUCCCGACGUGACCGUCUCCAGACGAAUGGAGCCUUAAAGCCUCGGCUAAAAUUAGCGAGCAUGCUAAGGAGUGCUCCGCACCGAAUUGGCUACGUGACGGGACUAUCAUGGCGGCCGGGCGCGGAAGAUGGCCGUUCCCGAUGGAAAGAAACGGAAGACAGGGAUUAAGUUCCGUCGAUACAACGGGACACGAUAUUACCACCCCCGAAAACGGGUGGCUCGCAGGAAGAAUAGGGAAUUAGACGGGUUGAUCUUGAAUGAAUCUACGGGGGAUAGAUUAAGCAGAAUCUCGCGCGGCUAACGAUUUAUCGUCGUUCGGUGUCCCUUCUUUUUAUUUCCACGACGCGGCCGAUGCAAUCGACUGGAUCAAUAGCGGGACCGAGCGUUAUUCAAAUUGUUUCGGGUAAAUAUUUCGGAAUUAAUGCCUUAACAAUUUAUUUCGCAAUUUAAUUUCAGGUAAUUAAGCGAGCGAAUUCCUAUUAUCCUAAUACUUCGUUGGUUUAUUCAUUCUGCUCGCGAUAAAUUAUUUCCUGUAUCAAAUUGGACAUCGUUUGUAUCAUUCAUUUCCUUUAUUUACUCUUCAAGCUUUGAAUGUACACUUAUUUUA